GAGAUAGGUAAAGAAUUUUUCUUGUUUUAUUAUUAUUUAUCAACGUAUUUACUGAAGAUAUUGACGAGAAGGGCUCACUGUCACCUUUACACACGCCAGGGAUACACCGGCCUAGACCUACUGACAUGUCAGUAAUAAGGCGGAUUGUGCAAGAAUUUUACUCAACACAGAAGAAACAAAAAUUUGACUUUCCGUGGGGUGUCGAUUCUCUACGGAAUAAUUUACAUAACUUAGGAUUUAAGUGUAAGAAAUGUCUUAGUAAGCGAGAGAUCUUGAUUGAAAGGCCGGACAUUGUAAAAUGGCGAUGGAGAUAUUUGGUGAAUAUUAAGACGCUUCGAGAUGAAGGAAGACAAAUAUUUUACCUGGACGAAAGCUGGGUAGAUAGCAAUUUAACUUUUAAAAAAUUCUAUCAAAAUACUGAAUUUAAAGAUGUGUGCUCUGAUGGAAAUUCUGGAAAAAGACUGAUUAUGGUUCACGCUGGAUCGCGUGCUGGUUUCCUUCAAGGUGCAGGACUGAUAUAUAAAUCUGGAUCAACAACUGGCGAUUACCAUGGUCAGAUGAACAGUAAAAAUUUUGAAAAAUGGAUUAGAGAGAAAAUAUUACAGAAUUUGCCCUCAAGGUCAGUGGUAGUAUAUGAUAACGCUCCAUACCACAGUUUAAAAGUAGAUAAAUCCCCAUCUAAACAUUCGGUUAAAUCUGAAAUGAUCUCGUGGUUACAGCGACACGGAGUUUUCUGUGGUCCAGCUAUGAGAAAAGGCCAAAUCUAUGACCUAAUACUGACGAAGAAACAAAAAGAGAAAUUUUUCAAAAUUGAUCAGUUAUUAAACGCCCAUGGUCAUAUUGUGGUUAGGUUGCCUCCAUAUAUGAGUGAGCUAAGUCCCAUAGAAUUAGCUUGGUCUAAGGUAAGAAAAUACGUCCGCGAGAACAACGUGACAGGGGAUCUGUCUUUGAAGCGGCUGCUGGAUUUAACAACAGAAGGGAUUGAAACUGUGACUGCAAAGGAUUGGGAAGGAUACUGCCAAUAUGUGGAAAAACUUGAACAGCAAUACUGGGAAAGGGACGGGGUUGUUGCUGACGUGAUCGAUUCAAAAAUUAUUUCAAAUCUAAAUGACAGUGUCGAUGACGAAGAGAUUUCUCGUGAAGGAGCGACUGAUUUUUCAGACUCCGAGACCCUUCGGCCACUGUGAGGUCUCUGAUAUUUCUGACGUAAAUACGUCUACACGGAAGGAUCAUUCGGCAAAUCAGCGUUAGUUACGAAGAUGUGUAAGGUCCAGCGCCGAGUCACCUUUAAACUUUCAUUCCUCAUUAAUUGUAAGAGUAAGGGUAAUGUAAAAUGAUCAGUAAAUAAAGACCUUUAAGAAUCUGUAA